AUUCCAUAAUGAUGGUGCUGCUACAGAGAAGGAUCUUGCGCCAUAUGUUUUCAAGUUAUAGGAUGGAGAAACCAGAAGGUGCUUGGAUGAUGAGCGUAGUUGACGCGAUGGGGUGUAAGAUGUAAGCAAAUCACAAAUGUACGACGGUGCCAAGUUGUUAAGUGCCUUGUAGGUUAUAAGUAAAAUCUUAAAAAUAAUACGUUGAUUAACGGGAAGCCAAUGAAGAUUGAAAAGAACAGGCGUAAUGUGAUCAUGCUUUUUUGUAGGUGUGACGAGGCGCGCCGCGGCAUUCUGGACGCGUUGUAGCUUUUUUAAUAGUGUAGGCUGGUGGGCCAUACGAAAGGGAAUUACAGUAAUCCAGCUUCGAAGAUACAAACAUAUCAACCAGCAAUUCAGUAGCGCUGCGCGCUUGUUCGAUUUUGAAAUCACGCGUAUGACUUCAGCCCAAAUUGCACUCCACUCAGUUCAGUUACCAUUAUAAGUUCUAUGUUCAUUAUUUUAUAAUCAGUGAUAUGUCUCGUAGAGAAAUGUCAAUUUUUAUACGAAUGAACGGGUCAAUUACUGGGAGACAGUUCGCGCAUAGACUAAGAACGUUCAGGCUCGCGUGCGCUGAUAUCGGUGUGUAUCGAUUAACAAGCUAAGAUAACACCUUUCCCUUCUGUAGCUAUCAAGGACUUAUAUUACAACCAGCCUGGCCAUUCCUGCAAGGACAUCCGGGACUCGGGUUUCUUUAAAAAAGACGGAGAGUACUGGAUCGACCCUGAGAAGAACGGAAAGCCUUUAAAGGUCUACUGUGACAUGACAGCUGACGGAGGAGGCUGGCUUCUUGUAUCCAACGUUGUGGUGGACGACCCAUCCUCGCGAGACCUUUGGAUUGAGUCAUCAUACCGCGAAAUCAGCAACUGCCACAGCAAUAAAACGUUGUUCAUCACAGAAAAUGCCAUGAAAGAACUGAGAACACACUUAUCCUUCACUCAACUGAGAUUCCACUGCAGUAAACAAAAAGGACGCACGUUCCAUGUUACCACGGCUGCUAAUAGCACUGGUGAAGGUGUAGUCCAGUACUUCAGCAAGCAGACCGAUACUCGUCCCUUGGCCUGUGGAUCGUUCAACCGAAUGAAAGAUGAUAACUCCAGAACAGCUGGACUUUGUAACCAGUGGUUAGACCAAAGGUGGAGCGAACCUUCUUUACCGCAGGGAAGAUUGAACAAUCAUGUUAAUUAUGUCCCAAAUCUACAUCACUGGUUAUUGACUCCUGGAGGCUCAAGAUGGGAAUGUGACGACUAUAACUUUCGAAAUAAAGAAUUUUUUGGAAUAUCCUCUGGCGAUUUCUGGAAAGUUUUUGUCCGUUGAGACCUAACAACAGAGACAACUUACGUCUCCUUACGCUGUGUAACAGAACUUUUAACCUCAAAUUAAGACGUUUUAUUAAGUUGAUUAAAGAAUCCAAGCUUCAGGUUUUUUAAACACUAUCAUUGUUAUUAUUACCAUUAUCACUGACUUAGGAAUGGUCAUUUACCAUUAAUGUUAUUUCAAGAACGAGUACACAUGUUGUUCGUUUAAAGGGUUUGUUUGUCAGUCAUUCGCCCAGGACUAUUUCAAUUUAGUAUUCUGUUUUGAGUUAUAGUUGGUUUGGUAGUUUAGGUUUGCUUUUAAUAAGGAUAAUGAUUUAUGUAGCGCAUGCUACAUGACGUUAUGAUCGCGUUCGGUUUACAAAAAGUAUAUACAAAUAAGAUAAAAUCAGCAGAUAAAAUACCAUAAAAUACUUAAGUCACUUAAUUAAAAAUUACAACUGUUGCUUUUUGAACAAAGUUGUCCGAGGUAAUUUUAUAACACUACUUCACUAAGAAAUGUAAAUUUCACUACGAAAAGUUGGAAUAGGAACGCUGAGACAACUUUUCUAGAAUAUGUAGUAAAAUUGUUAAAAAAAACCAUUGCUUGCAUAGUUAACGUAACUAUGUCAUACGACAUUUUAAAAACAUAAAUUCCAGUA